AUGGCCACGGAAUUACGAUGUCCGGACUCCAUGCCCUGUCUCAACCAACAAGUAAACUCUGCCUCUACCCCAAGCCCUGAGCCGCAGCGACCCGGCGACCUGAUCCCAGAUAAUGUGGUGGGAAACAACACCCCCAAGGCCAAACCGGCUCUCCUCUCCAGCCCUGCCCAGUCCAGUGUAUUGGGGGAGGGGAGCCCUCAGGCCUGCAGCAGCGCCAGCCUCAACCUGGAGCCCAAGUGUGGCAGUGGCAACUAUGACGCAUUGGCCGGCGACUCCCUCCUAAGGGACAGCCAACUCUCCUCGCAGAUUGGGGCUCAGCUUAAGCUGCUGCCUAUGAAUGAGCAGAUCCGGGAGCUGCAGACCAUCAUCAGGGACAAGACAGCGAGUAGAGGGGACUUCAUGUUUUCUGCGGAUCGUUUGAUCAGACUUGUUGUGGAAGAGGGAUUGAAUCAGCUGCCUUAUAAAGAAUGCACAGUGACCACUCCAACGGGAUACAAGUAUGAAGGAGUGAAAUUUGAGAAGGGAAAUUGUGGCGUCAGCAUAAUGAGAAGCGGUGAGGCAAUGGAACAAGGUUUACGAGAUUGCUGUCGAUCCAUACGUAUCGGAAAGAUCCUGAUUCAGAGUGAUGAGGAGACACAAAGGGCCAAAGUAUAUUAUGCCAAGUUCCCUCCAGACAUUUAUAGGAGAAAAGUCCUUCUGAUGUACCCAAUUCUCAGCACUGGAAAUACUGUAAUUGAAGCUGUAAAGGUGCUUAUUGAACAUGGAGUUCAACCCAGUGUUAUCAUCCUACUCAGUCUGUUCUCCACUCCUCAUGGUGCCAAAUCAAUCAUUCAAGAGUUCCCAGAUAUCACAAUUUUAACUACUGAAGUUCAUCCUGUUGCACCUACACAUUUUGGACAGAAAUACUUUGGAACUGACUAA